AUGCGCACUCUCCGCCUGCAUCGAUCGGGCUGCCAGCGCGCCUGGAGCCUUCCGCCAUGUGCGUCCUUCUCCACCUCCCUGCGCCGACGAGGUGGUGAAGUGCAGACGACCAAGGCGCAAGAGAAUUUGGACACGCUGACGCCGAAAUGGGAGCGGUACUGGCGCAAGGACGAGUCGGGGCUCCCGCAAUUGAGGGAGAAGGCCGCGGAAAAGGCCUACAUCCUGCCCAUGUUCCCGUACCCCUCGGGCACGCUGCAUCUGGGCCAUCUGCGCGUAUACACCAUCUCCGAUGUCCUGGCGCGCUUCAAGCAGAUGCAAGGCUACCAUGUGCUGCAUCCCAUCGGCUGGGAUGCCUUUGGUCUGCCUGCGGAAAAUGCCGCCAUCGAGCGGGGAGUUCAUCCUGGCAAAUGGACGUUGCAGAACAUUGACGCCAUGAAACAGCAGAUGAAGCUGAUGGGCGGGCACUGGGACUGGGAUAGGGAACUGCGCACCUGCGACCCCGCCUUCUACAAGCACACCCAGCAGCUCUUCCUCAUGCUCUUCGAACGCGGCCUCGCCUACCAAGCCGAAUCGCUCGUCAACUGGGACCCCGUCGACGAGACCGUCCUCGCAAACGAACAAGUGGAUGCCAAUGGCAAUUCGUGGCGGUCUGGCGCCAAGGUGGAGAAGAAGAUGCUCAGGCAGUGGUUCCUCAAGAUCAAGGAGUUCCAGGAACCGCUCUUGAAAGACUUGGAUGCACUGGCCAAGGACGGCAUGUGGCCGGAGCGCGUGCUGGCCAUGCAGAAGAACUGGAUCGGGCGGUCUGAAGGCACCAAGCUGAGCUUCGACAUCGAAACAGAGGGCGAGAGCCCAACCCAGCUAGGGCCCGUCGAGGUCUACACUACGCGUGCAGAUACGCUGUUCGGGGCGGAAUACAUCGCUCUGUCACUGAGCCACCCCAUUGUACAAAGCCUUGCCAAGGAGCACAGUGCAUUGCAGGACUUCCUGGUCCUCGCCAAAGACUUUCCCCCAGACUCAAAAGAAGGCUUCCAGCUGCCUGGUCUCCGUGCUAAGAACCCCGUUGCAGACCUAGUCAAUGACCACAACAUCAGCAAGACUUUGCCCGUGUUCGUGGCUCCUUACGUCCUGGAUGACUAUGGUUCGGGAGCUGUCAUGGGUGUCCCUGGUCACGAUGCGCGAGAUUUUACCUUCUGGAGGCAGCCCAAGCAGUCAAUCUCUGGGUCUGUUGAGUUCAACUCUCCUGUGAAGUUCGUUAUCCAUCCAGAAGAACAAUCCCUGACGUCGUCGGAAACUGUAGCGGACUCUCGUCUGGACCAACCUCUACUGAAUAAAGGCUUUCUUGUCUCCGAAGAUGGCCAAUUCAAUGGCCUUUCGUCCGACCAGGCUAUUGGUGCGAUCAUAGGGCGCCUUCAAGAAGCGGGUAGGCUCGCUGAACGCACAGAGAACUGGCGUCUGCGCGACUGGCUGAUCAGCCGCCAGCGUUACUGGGGCUGUCCUAUCCCUGUCGUUCACUGUGACGACUGCGGAACGGUUCCCGUACCGCGGAGUGAUCUGCCUGUGGAGCUACCCGAUCUCCCUGCAUCCUUCUUCCAGGGCCAGAAGGGUAAUCCACUUGCUGAAGACAGUAGCUUCAAGGAUUGCAAGUGUCCAUGGUGCAAGAAGCCUGCUCGGCGUGAAACAGAUACCAUGGAUACCUUCAUGGACUCGUCGUGGUACAUGUUCAGGUUCCUGGACUCGGAAAACGCGACACAACUCGUGGCUCCUGAGAAAGCAAACGCGGGUAUGCCGGUCGAUGUAUACAUUGGCGGCGUGGAGCAUGCUAUUCUGCAUCUUUUGUACGCUCGCUUCAUAUCGAAGUUCUUAGCCACCACAGGCGUCUGGCCCGAAGGCAGCAAAGUUCUGGGAGAGCCUUUCAAGCGUCUCAUCACUCAGGGUAUGGUGCAUGGCAAGACGUAUUCCGACCCAAGCACUGGGCGAUUCCUGCGCCCCCACGAACUGGACCUUAGCAACCCAUCCGCUCCCGUCAUCAUGGGGACCGAAGUGGCGCCCAAAGUUAGCUACGAGAAGAUGUCCAAGAGUAAAUAUAACGGCGUUGAUCCAGUCGCCACCAUUGCCAAGUACGGUGCGGAUGUCACGCGAGCGCACAUGCUCUUCCAAGCACCCGUUAGCGACGUGCUCGAGUGGGAUGAGAAAAAGAUCACCGGCGUGCAGCGUUGGCUCGCAAGGGUCCUCAGGCUAUCUCAGGCCUCCUGGUUCCCUCCACACAUCCAAGAGCUCGGCCGAUUCCGACCGCCCCACGACCUAAACGUCCCUGUCUUCGACCUCCUAGCCCACAUGGCAGAAUGGGAAGUCAUCAAGCCCUCCAACGCUGGCGGCACAGACGAAGAAAGACUGCUCAACACCCUCGACCAAGAUGAAAUGGCCUUGCUAUCCGCCACCCAAACAACCAUCGCCAGCGUCACAAAAGCCUACUCCGAGACAUACUCCCUCAACACCAUCAUCAGCGACCUCAUGACGCUAACAAACACCAUCUGGGACACCCCGCACAAGUCCGCCCGCACGCCCUGGUUCAAGUGGUACGCCACCAUUCAUCUCCUCCGCAUGCUAGCCCCCAUCGGCCCCGGCGUCGCAGAAGAAUCCUGGCAACGCCUCAUAUCCAUCACCAACCCCAAGGUGCGUGGCGACCAGCAACACCCGCUCCGACUCUACCACAAAGGCCAGCGACCCGGCCCGUCCAUCUUCACCUUCGGCUGGCCCAAGGCGGAUCUCGACGCCGUACCCAAGCUCAACCCGAUGGCCAAGUGCGUCGUGCAGUUCAAUGGCAAGCGCAAGUUCCAGCUCGACAUCCGGAAGGUGCCGCUGAGCAUAAACUCGAACCACACGGACCGCCUCAAGCGAUACGCGCUCGACGAGAUGCUCAAGACGGAAGAGGGCAGGAAGUUUCUCGACCGCGAGGCCGGGCCUCUUUGGAAGGAGGCCGGCACGCAAGAAGCCGGCCCUGACUUCCCCGAGAUCCCCAUGGGGAUGAACAUGGUUGUCGUGCAGCGGUGCAAGCUGGUCAAUUUCGUGUCGCCGAAGCUGCCCAAGAAGGAAAAGGAAGCUCCCCACGCACGCGCGCAAGACGCCCAGAAGCCCACGCUUGACGCGGGUCUGGGUUGA